AAGAAGGAAAAAAGAAAUGAGAAAAAAAGAGAAAAAAAAGAAAAAUGCUUUUAGAGAGAGAAUUGGGGUGUGUGUGGAAGUGGAAGCACUUUCUCUCGCGUUUGUUGGGAUUCUUCUGAAGUAAAGGGCCAUUUUCCCAUCCAAAUUUCCCCUUACAAUUCGCCCUCUAAAACACAACACGCUUCAUUUUCUUUUCUUUUCUUGUCCUUUUUUUCAUUUUGCCCAAAACAGAAACAACAAGCACUUUCUUUCUCCACCAUUGCCCAUAAGCUCUCUCUCUCCUCCUCCUCUUUCUCUCUCUCUCUAAAAUGCCGCGGUGCGAAAGCGACUAGCUUCCAGCUCAAAACCCCAAGGGGGAAAAAGAAAUACAGUAAUCUGAUUUCUUGUUCGUUCUUGUUGUUAUUACUGUUAUUUUGGUUUUAAGAUUUCCACAUUUGUAGCUGAGUUGCGAAGAAUCUUGUUCUUGUUCUUGUCGUGAAUUUUCUGGGAUUUUGAUCGGGUUGGGGAAUUUAUAUGCAUUUUGUCGAUUAUCGGUUUGGUUGUGCUCGCGAGGCCUCUGAUCUUCAGAUCAUGGCCUCAAUUUGUCCCCUUUUGAUCUCUUCCCCGAGAAGCCCCAAUUCCUGAAACUUUGUUUAAGGAAAAGGGGAAAAAAAACCUAAUCUUGGAGUCGAUCGGAAUCGUUUCUCCGGGGAUGGACUCCAAAAGACCGGCAGAGAAUUCCCUGAACAUCGAAUCUGGUUUUGCCUCCACCACAAGAAGAGGCAUUGCAGCGAAUUCCGUUCGAGAAGUGAAUUUCGGCGAUCAGCAUCAUCAUCAUCAUCAUCGUGGCGUGAGCACGAAGCAUGUGAGGUACGGGUCGAGAGCGACGGAUUCGGAAGUGUUUAGUGUGUCGCAGAGGGAGAUCAAUGAUGAGGACGCGAGGUUGGUAUAUAUAAAUGAUCCUGGAAAGACCAAUGAGAGGUUUGAAUUCGCUGGGAAUUCGGUAAGGACAGGGAAAUACUCAAUUCUAACAUUUUUGCCAAGAAAUUUGUUUGAGCAGUUUCAUAGGGUCGCAUACAUUUAUUUCCUUGUGAUAGCCGUUCUUAAUCAGCUGCCCCAGCUGGUUGUUUUUGGCCGGGGAGCUUCGAUUUUGCCGUUGGCAUUUGUGUUGCUAGUUACUACAGUUAAGGAUGCAUAUGAAGACUAUAGGCGGCAUCGGUCUGACCGGAUUGAGAACAAUAGGUUGGCUUUAGUUUUGGUUAAUAAUCAGUUCCACUCAAAAAGAUGGAAGGAUAUCCAAGUUGGAGAAAUCAUCAAGCUUCAGGCAAAUGAGACUAUUCCUUGUGAUAUGGUGGUGCUCUCAACUAGUGACCCAACUGGUGUUGCGUAUGUGCAGACGAUCAAUUUGGAUGGGGAAUCGAAUUUGAAGACCCGUUAUGCAAAACAAGAAACACUCUCCAAGUUCCCUGAAAAGGAUAUGAUUUGUGGUUUGAUUAGGUGCGAGAAACCCAAUCGAAAUAUUUAUGGGUUCCAGGCAAAUAUGGAAAUUGAUGGGAAAAAACUGUCUCUAGGACCCUCAAAUGUUCUUCUUCGAGGAUGUGAGCUCAAAAACACUGGUUGGGCAAUUGGGGUUGCAGUGUAUGCUGGUCGAGAGACAAAGGCUAUGCUCAACAGCUCUGGAGCCUCGUGUAAGAGGAGCCGGCUUGAGUCCCGUAUGAACUUUGAGAUCAUUGUUCUAUCAGUGUUUCUUAUUGCUCUGUGUACAGUUGUCUCUGUAUGUGCCGCUGUUUGGUUGAGGCGCCACAGGCAUGAGUUGGAUUUCUUGCCUUUCUACAGGAGGAAGAACUACUCUAAGGGGAAAGUCGAAAAUUACAAUUAUUAUGGUUGGGGAAUGGAGAUUUUCUUCACUUUCCUCAUGUCUGUUAUUGUUUUCCAGAUUAUGAUCCCCAUUUCUCUGUACAUUUCUAUGGAGCUUGUCCGGGUUGGUCAGGCAUAUUUCAUGAUCCGGGACACACAGCUGUAUGAUGAGACCUCAAAUUCAAGAUUUCAGUGCAGAGCUUUAAAUAUUAAUGAGGAUUUGGGACAGAUAAAGUAUGUGUUCUCUGAUAAGACUGGCACGCUUACGGAGAACAAGAUGGAAUUUCAAUGUGCAAGCAUUGGGGGCGUGGAUUAUAGUGGCCGAAAAGGCAUUUCAGAAGAGGAGCAUGCAGGAUACUCAGUGCGAGUUGAUGGGAUUAUUUUUAGACCAAAGAUGAAGGUGAAUGUUGACCCAGAGCUUCAACAACUAGCACAGAGCAGAAAGAAUACAAUCAAAUGCAAACAAGUUCAUGAUUUCUUUCUUGCAUUAGCAGCUUGCAAUGCAAUUGUUCCUCUUGUUAUAGAUACAUCUGACCCUACAACGAAGUUGAUAGAUUACCAAGGAGAGUCACCUGAUGAACAAGCAUUGGUUUAUGCUGCUGCAACCUAUGGCUUUAUGCUUAUUGAAAGAACCUCAGGCCACAUAGUUAUUGAUAUUCAAGGACAAAGGCAAAGGUUCAAUGUUUUGGGUUUGCAUGAAUUUGAUAGUGAUCGUAAAAGAAUGUCUGUCAUACUUGGGUGCCCAGACAAGACUGUUAAAGUUUUUGUAAAAGGUGCUGAUACCACAAUGUUGAGUGUGAUUGAUGAAUCUGUAAACCAAAACACAUUGCACGCAACUGAAGUUCAUCUGCAUGCUUAUUCCUCAAUGGGUCUAAGAACCCUUGUUGUUGGGAUGCGGGAACUGAAUCCUUCUGAAUUUGAGCAAUGGCACACUUCCUUUGAGGCAGCGAGCACAGCUUUGAUUGGUCGGGCUGCUCUCCUUCGUAAGGUUGCUGGCAACAUAGAAAGCAAUCUUAUCAUACUUGGUGCAUCUGGAAUUGAAGAUAAACUGCAACAAGGGGUGCCAGAAGCCAUCGAAUCUCUCAGAACUGCUGGGAUUAAAGUUUGGGUUUUGACAGGGGACAAGCAAGAAACUGCCAUAUCUAUUGGGUACUCUUCAAAGCUCUUGACUUCUACGACGAGACAGAUAAUAAUUAACAGCAACUCCAAGGAGUCUUGCAGAAGGUGUUUACAACAGGCCACAGCCACGGCUAAGAAGCUUGUGACUGUGUCUGGGGUCACAUGUGAUACUGAAGGAACAUCAGUAGCUGCUUUAACUCCUGCAGCCUUGAUAGUUGAUGGUACUAGCCUUGUUUAUAUUCUUGAUAGUGAACUUGAAGAGCAGUUGUUCAAGUUGGCAAGUAAAUGUUCUGUAGUGCUGUGUUGCCGUGUGGCGCCCUUGCAAAAAGCUGGAAUUGUUGACCUUGUGAAGAGUAGAACAACUGACAUGACACUGGCCAUUGGGGAUGGUGCUAACGACGUGUCAAUGAUCCAAAUGGCUGAUGUUGGAGUUGGCAUAAGUGGCCAAGAGGGCCGGCAAGCUGUCAUGGCUUCAGAUUUUGCAAUGGGGCAGUUCAGAUUCUUGGUUCCCCUUUUAUUGGUUCAUGGACAUUGGAAUUACCAGCGAAUGGGCUACGCAAUCUUAUAUAAUUUUUACAGGAAUGCAGUAUUUGUUUUUGUUUUAUUUUGGUACGUCCUCUUUACAUGUUUUAGUUUGACAACUGCGAUCACUGAGUGGAGCAGCGUGUUGUACUCAGUACUUUAUACUUCUCUACCUACAAUUGUUGUCGGUAUUCUUGACAAGGACCUAGGUAGAAGAACUCUUCUAAAGUAUCCACAGCUUUAUGGUGCUGGUCACAGACAAGAAUGCUACAACUCAAAAUUGUUUUGGCUUGGAAUGAUGGACACAGUUUGGCAAAGUCUUGCUGCCUUCUUUAUUCCUGUUUUUGCAUAUUGGGGAAGCACAGUUGACUCAUCAAGUAUAGGAGAUCUCUGGACAAUUGCAGUGGUUAUUUUGGUUAAUUUACAUUUGGCUAUGGAUGUCAUCCGGUGGACUUGGACCACUCAUGCAGCCAUAUGGGGAUCUAUAGUCGCAACCUUUAUCUGUGUCUCUGUCAUUGACGCUUUUCCAUCACUAGUUGGUUACUGGGCGAUCUUUCAUGUUGCUAAGACUGGGUUGUUUUGGUUAUGUUUGCUUGGAAUCGUCGUAGUAGCACUUCUUCCUCGUUUUGUUGUAAAAUUUCUUUAUCAGUAUUAUAGUCCUUGUGACGUUCAGAUUGCUAGAGAGGCUGAGAAGUUUGGCAAUCUAAGAGAGUUAGGAGCUAUACAAAAAGAAAUGGAUCCUGUUUUGGACCGUCCACAGAGAUGACAAGGUGAUUUUGUUCCUUGUUGCAAAUUGUUAUUAUUAUUAUUAUUUUCUUUUUGCCUCGUUCUAUAUAUAGUGUUUUAUUCUUUGGGCUGCUGAGUGCCUCUCUUGUUGCCAAUUUUCAAUUAUUUUGCUAUCCGAAGGAUAGAGUUCGUGAUAGUAGGCUUGUACUUAACUCUUGUUGUAUUAUCCGUAAAUCAUUUGAUGUAAAAUAGUUUUAGAUGGCUCCCAUUCUGUUAAAAUUAAAAAAAAAAGAAAAAGAAAAAGGAAUGGUCUUACUCUAUUUCCAUCUAGAUACUCUUUUGGCGUUGCAUAUAAUGAAUGCUUUU